GAACGCAGGUGUGUUCCCGAGUUGUCAAAUCCCUACAAAUAGAUCCAAAACGACAUCGCUUGGCAGAUAUGCUUCUUUCCAUGGCAACAAAACAUAGGAGGAAAGUACAAUUACAAUCAUAUCCGAAGGAGCCACGUCAUGAUAAAGAAAAUCAGUUUAAUAACGCGGUCUCGUUGCCGAAGCGACCGCCCUCCUUUUCAAAAAACAAAAGAAGAAACCCUACCCCCCUCUUCUUAUCUCCACAAUCUCCUGGCAACUGAAAAAUAACACACGAGGAACUUGCGCUGCUACUCAAAACGGUACCGUAGUAACUAACAAAGAAAACCCUAGCUUCUUCAAAUCGUCGUUGUUUUUAGUGAUUUCAGAUCUACGUGCGUGAUUUACUGAAGCGAGAACUGAAAACAGUGUGUGUAUUUUUGGUGUCAUAGAGAAUGGAUCGGUACCAGAGGGUAGAGAAGCCAAGAAACGAAACGCCGAUCAAUGAGAAUGAGAUUCGCAUUACUACUCAAGGCAGAAUGAGGAACUACAUUACUUAUGCCACUACGCUCUUUCAGGAGAAAGGAUCUGAUGAAAUCUCUCUCAAGGCCAUGGGCAGAGCCAUAAACAAGACUGUGAUGAUUGCUGAAUUGAUUAAGAGAAGGAUUGCUGGUCUUCAUCAGAACACAUCUAUUGGUUCUACUGAUAUAACUGACACGUGGGAGCCACUAGAGGAGGGUCUUCUCCCCCUGGAAACCACUCGUCAUGUAUCAGUGAUAACAGUUACUCUAUCCAAGAAGGAACUGGAUACAUCCUCCACAGGCUAUCAAUCACCUAUUCCAGCUGAUCAAGUGAAACCUUUGGCUGAAUAUGAUUAUGAAGGAGAGGGUGGCUCUCCUCGGAGGCAGGGGAGAGGGCGUGGUGGUAGGGGGAUUGCUAGAGGUAGAGGAAAUAAUAGCAAUGGAGUGGUGGAGCACAAUGGAGAUGGUGACAGGGUUGGUGGGCGUGGAUAUGGUGGGAGGGAUGGUGGGCGUGGAUAUGGUGACAGGGAUGGUGGGCGUGGAUAUGGUGGGAGGGAUGGUGGGUAUGGAUAUGGUGGGAGGGAUGGCGGGUAUGGAUAUGGUGGGAGGGGCAGAGGUCGUGGAAGAGGACGGGGUUAUCGUGGCCGUGGAAGAGGUUAUGGUGGUGGAUAUAUGCAACAACAGUCAGGUGGUUAUAAUGACUAUGGUGGUGGAGCAUUUGUUGGCCAAGGCAGUGGUACAGGAUAAUGUAGAAAACCUCUUUUCUUGCUGAUGAUUGGCGAGCUUUGCAUUAAAGAAAGCUUCUAAUUGUCUCCCUUGUACAGUUGCCACAUCUUUCUCUCAUUUGCAUUGAAUCAUGGAAUUCUUCCACAGUUUUGCUGCAUGGUACUGCGCAAUUCAUUUUAUAUGCUGGCAUGAUUUUUUGUUUGUUGAUUUAACAAUCCAAAUCAAGCAUUUUUUAUUUUCUUAUAACCACAUCUCUGAAAAUAUUUUGACUUCCAUCUUUGGAAGUAUCUAGAAACCAGUAUAGCUUUUUGUUCACAUUUUAUAACUUUUGCCUUUUGUUUUGUUCCUUGCUUCUCUCUCUUUUCAUAAAUGCUUGCUGGGUUUAGCAUUUUAAAAUAACGCACAUAGUAUAAUCAUGUUCUAUUUCAGUGUAAUCAUGUAUCACAAAACUUGUUUACCAUCACAGCAAUGCCAUUCUUAAGAAUUUGAAAAAAGAAAAGGAGAGAGGAAACGAUGAACAGUGAGUUAUUUCUUGGAUGUCUCUGUGAUGAGUUCAUUGUGUCAAAUAAGUGAUGCUGGAGUGCACAAUAGUGUGCACAGUGAACUGCUGAAAUUGUGUAAAAAUGAUAUAUGCUCUCUGGGUUAUUAUCGUCAUCUGAAAUUAAAACUAU